AUGUCAAUACCUUUUAGAGAUGAAGAUUCGUGGACUCCCUUUGAAAAGCUUUUACUUGUACAGCUAGCUUAUAAACACCAAGAUAACUGGCAGCUAGUGGUUCGGAACAUUAAAAAUAAUUCAAUGAUCUCUCAUCCACCGGAGUUUUUUACUCAAAAGAAUUGUUCUAGCAAGUAUAGAGCUCUUAUAGAACCAUAUGAAAGAGAAGAAAUUGAAAA